AUGAAUAAACCUACUUCGAUGUAUAAAUUAAAACGGGUUUUCGAUUUGCCAGAAAAAUUAGAUCUACCAAGUUGUAUGUAUAAAUUGAAUAACCCUGUCGCAUGCGUUACGAGCGAUGGCGACAGUAAAAUUAAAAAUCAAGAAGUUCUAAAUGGUAUUAUGGAAAAGGAACCGAUACCGGGAUUAGAAUCUUUAGAAGCAAGAUGGGAUGGGCUUCUUCGACAACUUUUGGAGCUCAAAUCCCAAAUGGGGGAUAUAAGGAAGACGCUUGAAAGGGCAUGUAAUUUUACAGGAUAUCAAUUAAUUGACAGCACUGCACUUAAUAACUUAAAGAUAUAUGAUGGAGCUGUUGUUAAUGCUAGUCCAUCCAAUCCUCCUUAUUCAUUACUUUUACUUAAACAUCUUUGUAAAACCUCUGUUCCGAUACUUUUUAAAUGUCAUACACAUUCGAGCGUGUCAAAUUUACCAGACGAAUUAAAGUACUUUGAGGAAUUGCAAAGUGAACAAAAUAAAAAUUUAUUAAAAUUACAUCUUAUUUGGAAAAAUGAUCUUAUAGAUACAGAAUUUGUAACUAAUCCUGUUAAACAAAUACCUAUUAAAGGAGAAGUUAACAUACUUAGGCUUCUUGCUUGUUCCGGAUUAAAAGUGUUGAAAUAUCCUUGCGAUGAUUUUCUUAGCACAAUUAAAUGUGAUUCAGCUUUAGAUGUUUGCCAUCAAUUAAUACACACUCCAAUAGGAAAAGAAAGAAAUCCUUUGAUUAAAAGUUUAAGCGAAAAACUCGGAGGAUCAUUGUAUUUUGGUGGUAACGAUAUUGAUAUUGUCGACAUUUCAGCAUGGUCUGCAUUAAAACAAACUACUCAAAAACAGGGCCUUAGUCAAAACUUGAAAAAUUGGUAUCAAAAAAUGGAUCAAAUAUUGUUUUGA